AUGGGCCCCAAGACACUGAAGUCGAAACCUGAAGGAAAUAUUGAUGAGGAUCCACUCGAUAUUGCGAUAAAGGAUGUCCAAAAUGGCGCCGGUCUGCAUCUUGAUUCUGAUGAGGACUCCGGGAGUGAUGAUGGAGCUGAAUCUCAACUCGUCCUGAACAAGGAACACAGCAAUGGAAGAGCACCCAUGAAGGCCGCCGGAUUCCUGUGCAUGGAAAGCCAUGAUGGAAAAACCCAAAGCGAGAAUCCGAAUGCUGAAACAAUGCAGAAGUUGCAAAAGAUGGCAACAUCCUAUGGUCGAACAGGUGAUCAGUGGCGAACAAGAGCUUUUCGGCAAGCAAUAGGAAAACUUCGGAAGCAAGGCGAGUUGAUUCGAACCAGCCAUCAAGCUCGUGCGGUCGGUAUUGGCGAGAGCAUUGCGUUGCAGAUCGAAGAAAUCGUCUCUACUGGAAAAUAUAGACGACUCGAGUACGCGCAGAAUGAUCCUAGGAAUCAGAUUGUCAAGCUCUUCAUGGGGGUGUAUGGCGCCGGCGAGACAACCGCCCAGAAGUGGAUCGCGCAAGGUUAUCGAUGCCUAGCAGAAGUCUAUGAGAAAGCCGACCUGAACGUAAAUCAACGAGUGGGCAUCGAGCACUAUGAUGACUUCCUGCAGAGGAUCCCUCGCGGCGAGGUCGAGCAGCACGCUGCGGUAGUAGAGAAAGCACUCAAAGCUGCAGAUCCAAAUCUUCAAUUGAUCAUCGGAGGUUCUUAUAGACGAGGCAGCAAAGAUUCGGGGGACAUUGACUGCAUCAUCUUCAUGCCCGAGGCUGGUAUCAGCCAUAUUCGUACCCUGAUGCUGGAUGCUGUUAUCCCUGGACUGAUGGCUCAAGGGUUCUUGAAAGUGGUACUUGCUAGUGGCAGUUUUUCGGAUGACGGCUCGUCGAAGUGGCAUGGAGCAUCUGCCUUGCCAGGUGCUAAUGUUUGGCGCCGGAUCGACUUCCUCUUUGUACCAUGGGCGGAGCUAGGAGCAGCAUUGAUCUACUUCACUGGGAACGACCUCUUUAAUCGGAGCAUGAGGUUCCUGGCAGGGAAGAAGCAGAUGAGGCUGAACCAGCACGGAUUAUUCAAGGACGUCAUGAGGGGACGUGGACGACAACGAAUUAACGAUGGGACGUUGAUCGAAGGGCACGAUGAGAAGCAGAUUUUUGAGAUUCUUGGAGUUCCGUACCGGCCGCCCGAGGAAAGGAACGUGUGA